GAUGAAGCCCAGCAACAAUUUUGAUUUAAUUUUGCUUGCAGGUUAUUUCAUCAUUGAAAAUUUCCUUGUAUAAAUGAAUAGUAAACCACUCACCAUGUCCCUCAAUCAAAUGCCAGUUCCUGGGCCACCAUCUGCAUCCAAACCAGAGGGCAGAAAAAUGAAAGGUAGCUUAUCUCUGGUACCUGUCAGCAGAAGUGCAGAGCUCCCUCAGCUACGAAAUAAAUCAAGUAUGCUGGACUGUUCAGGACCUCUUCCCACCUCUCUACAGUGUGAUUUCAUCCCAGAAGAGAUCCUCCUAGCUCUGACUUCUGCUGCCAGUACUGCCUAUAGCCCUGAAUACUUAAGACCCCCCAAGAAAAACAAAAGUGUGAAAGACUUCAAGGGGAGUAUGCGUGCCCCAGAUGGGCUCUGGCAGCAUCCCAUUCGCAGGAACAAGUUCAAAUACCUCAUAGACCAUCCCAUCUGUCUGAUGGGAGCUGGAAGGGAUGUUUCAUUUCUAUAUGACAUAGCUGGAAAAGAAGAUGAAAGAAAGAUGUCUCCAGCAAGCCCUUUAGCUGAACCACAUCGUGAUGGUUCAUCCAUGACUAGUGCUACAAGUGUAGCAGAUAGCCUGGUCCCUGAAGAAUUUCACAUUGUGAAGAACAAAGGAGUCCUGGGCUUGGAGUAUUAUGAUGAUAAAUACACAACACUACUUGAAGAUAGUGAAAAUAGACUGCGGCUAUUCCCAUCUAUGAAACCAUCUGGGAGAUUAGAGGUCAUCCAGCUGAUGAAGGUGAUGGACACCAUGCUGGAGAAGGCUGGAGUAGAUGAUGAGCAAAUUGGGAUAACAGGACCUUCACAGCUGCACAAUGUAUUGGAGGUGCUGAAGACAGAGCAGAACAUUUACAACAUAGUGUUCCAUGAGCUGAUUCGACAGGUCAGUGUGGAUUGUGCAGAGAGAGGAGAACUGCUUUCUAAGCUUAGGCAGAGGUAUGUGAAUCUGCUGGAUCGGAUCCCCCAACAGAUGAGAAACCUUUACAAAGAAAUGAUGGCGCAACGAGUAAUGGACAGGCACAUUACAGAAGAGUUAUACAAUUUCAAGGAAUCUGUUAGACGGCUGACAAGUGAGCUAUGCGAGGUCCGAGAACAUGACUUCAGGGUGACGAGAGAAGCAGAACGGGCCCAUGAGGAGCUGGCUGAUGCAGUGCGGGAUGCUGAGCUGAAUGCAAAUCUUGUGGAAGAAUAUCGUGAAUUGUAUGAGUUACAAAGAGCAAGGCUUGAGACCCAGCUGCUCCAGUUAACCCAAGAGAGAGAAAUCUGGAGCUCAGCUACAUAUGACCUGGCAAUGAAGGUGAUUGGAAGAAACCAGCUCAUGUUGUCUCGCAAGCUCUAUGUUGGUGAAAAGGCAUGGACCAAAGUCAUCAAACACUUCCUAGUGCUUCUGGCAUCACAGGACACAGCUGACCUUUCCAAUUUGCAGGAGAUGACUGAGCAGUUCAGGGAGCUGUUGGACCGCAUUGGGGUUGAAGUGGAACAUGCUGAAAACUCCAGCAGGGAGAAGCUGCGAAUUGUUCAGAAUGGCCUCACCAAGUGGAUGCAGUACUUCCAGGACAAUGUUUUCGGGAAAGCAAGCUUCUCUAAUAUGAAGGGAGAGGUAUUGGAGGAAAUCCUACAGGACUUCAAGAACUUGGAAAAUAUGUUGAAUGAGGACCUGGAGCAAUAUGGAGGGGAAGUUCUACUAAUGAAGAAGGAGACCCUCAAGACUGCUGCCAACCUGCAGAAAUGCUGGACAGAGCUGGGACAAACAGUGCUUAGUCGUCACAAGGACAUUAAUGGGGUGUUGCCUCCAGAGCUCAAAACCAUGGAAGAAAUAAAUGAACGUACAAAUGAGCUCUGCCAGCAGUACAGCAUAAGAAUAAAUGGGGAGAAUGGGGUAACCAGGAUUUUGACAGGUUUAGUGAGCAGUAUGGAAGAUUGGACAUUCAAGAUGCUAACCAACAAGCGAGGAUCUGGCAUGCAUGAAUCUGAUUGGCUGAAAUUGUUUCGAGUGAUUCCUGAUUGGCUGACCCAGGUGGCUGCACUGAUGACAAUUAUAGGUUCCGGCCAGUCUCAUGAGGAUCGGAAGAAUAGAAAGCCUCAUGUCUCGGUCGUUUCAGGUGAUGUGUUUAAGAUGAUUCAACAAUGGAUCUUGACCACAACUUCUGGGGCUGAGAAGGACAACAUACAGCUCACUCAGGAAAUGAUUGAUCUCCACAAAGCCCUGACCAUGUGGAUAGUGAAUUUGCUGACUUUGAUGGUACCUGACCACCCCUCCAAUAAGGGUCUCAUAGAGAAUGAGUCAGAAGCUGCUAAGGAUCAAGAGCUCAAGAAGCUACGUGGCUAUAAACUAGAGGAAGAAGCUAUGAACCUGGUUCCCAAACUGAGCAAAUUCUCCAGUUACGUAAUGAGCUGCUGCAAGGAGUUGGUAGAUGUUACGAUUCGGAAGAAACAAGCUGAAUUGGAUUCAGACCACAAUUAUGAGCUGCGGGAGCUGGAGAAAAUCAAGACCGAGUGCCUUGAUUGGAUUAAUACCUGCAAUCUCCUACUUUCUGAAUUCAAAGGCUCUCCAGUCUCCUUACUGAGUUUAGAAGAGCAGAGGAACCUGUUUGGGCCUCAGGAGACCCAGCCACAGACGCACUCAAUUCAUGUGGAUUCUUCUUUACCUGAAGAAAUUUCUGAGACUUCUUCUGAACUUGGGAAAGGCAAAACUGAAGAUGUUGAUGUUGAUAAGAAAUCUGUGAAAGGGGAAAAAGUUUUAGGGGAAAAGCAGGAACUACCUGCGCCAGAUGUCAGCAGUGAGGCCCCGACUGUAAGCAGUGAGGUAACUGAGGACACCGUCAGGUACAUAGGAUAUGACUCCAACAUCCAUUUGAAAUCCCUCAAGUCAACAGCGGUGUCGGUCUCUGGGAGAGAGAUGACUGCCAGCAAGUCAACAACCCCGUAUUCUCAAAAGGAGUUUGAGACCUUGGCUUCACUAGAACGUCUGCAAGAGCAGCUCCUAGAAGCCGAGAUCCGUGCUCAGAAUGCAGAGGAGAGAUCAGAAAGCCUGGAUGAGCAAAUGGAAGAAGCUCUGGGGAGAAUCCAGGAUCUAGAGAAACAGCUGGAAAAAGCACUCAAAGCCCAGGAAGUAGCACCAAAACCAGAAGUCUCUUCCCAAGAAGAAUCCAAGCCAACUUCUCAUAAACCAUCUGCUAGUGCCCGGUCCAGAAAAGCCACCAAACCCAAACAUUAAAGAGUAGCAAUGUCCAACAAAGGUCGUUUGGUUACCAUUUGUAGUAGACUUUCAGCAUAACCCCACUGCCCAUCUCUGUGGCUCCAGAUACACUUUAAUUCCAUGUUCUUUAGUAUAGCAAAAUGACUGGAACACCCACUAAUGCACCCUCCAAAGGAGAGCUUUAGACAAAGCACUAGAGAGGAUCUUUUCUAGAUUUAUAAAUUAUCUGAAAACCCCACGCUGGGUAACGCAGUGUUUUAGAGUAGUUGCUAGUCAUAACUGGAGAGUGGAUUAGAACAGAACUUGUAGAAAAGGCUUUCAGGCCUUCUCAACAUAUCUGUUAGUAGAGUCUUUAAGAUAUCAGGUCAUAAACUUAUCCCAGGCUAGCUGUACUGCCGUAGUUGGAACUUUGGGACAAAUUGUCCAGAUCUCAGACCCAUUCAUAGGUGCUCAGCUUGUGAACAGAAAUCUUGGGAUGUUUUCUUCCAGGUUUGGAGACAGAGGGAGGGCCAGGUCUUUCACAGAGUGGGGCACAGGAUACUUUCAAAGUAUUUAGAGGGGAGGUUUCCAACUAAUUUAUACAGGUGUGGUGUAUAGAAAAAGAAAAAAAGUUCUGCUCAGUGUUGCUUGAUAAAUAAUUAAGGCAGCAGACUCAGAAUACCUCUUCUGAGAGCCAUCAUCUCCCUGGUUAUCAUCCUUUUACAGGAUGUCCAUGGCUUUUGAUACUUUGGACUUCUGUUAACGUGGGUGGUGAAUUGGAGAGGAACAGCUCUGUCAGUCUGAGUGAGACUCCUAAGGAAACAACCCACAGGACUGUCCAGAAGGGUUACAGAGACAACGCUGCCAGGACGCAAAGGUGGAGUCCUGCCGACUAAUGGGGAGACCCCUAAGCACUAAACCUCCGGGGCAAUACAGAAUCACCAGGACAAGAGAAAGAGCUGAUAGCAGAGCAGCUCCUAACAAUGGCUAACAAGGCAAUGGUUGUGGAAAACAAAGAUGAAGCAGCUUGCACCUACAAAAAGGACUUUGGGGGUGGGGUGUGACAGGGAAUAGUAAAAUCUGCAACAGUCACAAACUGUCCCCAGAGCAUCCAAACAAUAAUGGGAGGCUGGGCCUGCAAAGAAAGUUUGAUUACUACAGCAAAUAUCAGUGACCUGCCCAGGACUUUGCCUUGAUUGAUGUUAUUGCCAGGGCUUCUCCAGGACUUUGCCCCAUUUUACCAUUUAUUUAUACACACAGCCCUACUCUCUGCUUUUCCAGUGCUUUGUAUAUAUAGAAAUGUUAAAGAUGCACCUCUGUUGCUCCAGUGAAAUGACCAAAUGUCUUAAUGAUUGAUUAGCCAGUACAGACUGUUGCAACUUGACUCUAAGUUUAUUGGGCCUGAGGAUCUCAUUUCAAGUCCCUGUGUUUGGCCUUAUAUUAGCAUUUGCAGCAUUACAAAAUGACUUAAGAGAGGUCUGUUGCUGGUGCAAUAGCAAUUAAUAACAAGAGAUUCCAAUAACUAGACUUGAUCAAGUUAUUAAUCAAAGAUUAAUACAGCGUAAUACAGAAAGGAAGAGUAAUAUGUUACCAACCCCUUUGGAAGACAGCAGUGGCAGUGGUCAUGCUGUCUCAAAAUUCUGUGCUUCCCCCUUCUGUAUUUCUACCUAACUGGGAAGAGUUCCCAGUUUCCCUAGAUCACUUUACCUAAUACACCUUUUUGUCUGUUUCUUUUACAUGUUUUUCACUGACAGUGAGGCGCUAUACAUUUUUACCCCAGGAUGUGUGUAAUAUGUUGUAAGUUUCAAGAAGGCAUAUGGUUUAAAUGUUGACAGUUAUAUGGACCCCGCACAUUACACAAACACAGAGAUGCAAUAUUUUUCAAAAAUAUUUUCGGCAUAGUGUUUUAGAAAUUAGCAAAGUUUAGAAGGUAUCUUAGGUUUUGCAUUCUCCAGUGCAGACACCUAGCAGGAGUUCGUCCAAAGGUCACAGCAUUUACAUAGCUUACAGUUUAGAGAAUUUAACGUAAAUAUAAAGGACUUCAGAUAUAAUAUACUUAUUCACUGACUAUUUUCUUAUUCUGGUUACAUAACACCCCCUAUACUUAUAGGUGCUAUAAUAACCAGUUCCUAUAUUUUAAUCAAUACCUUUUAACCUUUUACAUAGAAGACCUGAUUUCCCAAUACAUUCUAUCCAGACAAACUGGUAGUUGAUAAGAAAGCAGUUUACAUUCCUGGUUAGCAGUUUUAUGCCUCCACCGCUCCUUCAUUCCUUUCUCCCCGUGCCUCUGCCCGUACUCCUCCCCCCUCUCCUUCCUGCACCUUCAGGGCCCUUCCCGGGCACAUCAGCUGCUCUUUCCAGCACUCUUGCCUGUGCUACUGCUGUUCUUCCCAUCCUCCACCUUGCACCUCUGCCUCUCCUUCUCCAAGGGCCUCUGCCAGGGACGGUGGGUUUGUAUCAUUUUUGGUGGUGCCCAGAAUGGGUCCAAGUCCUCCCCCCCUUCACCUGCCUAAGGUUCUGGGAGGGAGUUUGGGUGCAGAAGGGGGUUCGGUCUCUGGGAGGGAGUUUGGGUGCAGGAGGGGUGUGAGCUCUGGAAGGGAGUUUGGGUUUGGGCUCUGGGCUAGGGCAGGGGCUUGAGGUGCAGAAGGGGGUGCAGGGUGCAGUCUCUGGGAGGGAGUUUGGGUGCAGGAGGGGUGUGAGCUCUGGAAGGGAGUUUGGGUGUGGGCUCUGGGCUGGGGCAGGGGCUUGGGGUGCAGGAGAGGAUGAGGGGUGUGGCGCUUACCUCGGGUGGCUCCCGAAAGCGGCCUGCACACCCCUCUGGCAACGGCUUCUAGGUUGGGGGAGGCGUGGAGCUGGGGGUCUCCACAUGUUGCUGCCCACAGUUUCUGGCCAAUGGGAGCUGUGGAGUCAGCGCUUAGGGCGGGGUCAGUGUGCAGAGACCCCUGGUCCCAUAGGGCCGUUCCAGCUGCUUCUGGGAGUGGCGCGGAGUGAGGCCGGGUAGGAAGCUGCCUUAGCCCCACUGCUCUGCCAAUGGCAGCAACCGGGGGGCCCCUGGGUCCUUUUAAAUUGCCAUGGGGUGGCAGGCGGUGCUGGGAGAUUGCUUUGGGGGAGGUGCGUGAGGGUGGCAGGAGGGCCCAGGGGAGAGACCUGGCCCCGAACAUUGAUGGAGCUGGGCCCGCAGACCCUGAAUAUUCCUGGAGCAUGGGCACCAUCGGCUUGUAUAACUCACCACCCCUGUCCACCACUCCUUCCCAGGCUUGCUCCUGUGCCUUCGUUCCUUUCUGUGUUCCUGCCUGCCCCUUCAGUGCUCCCCCUGCCUGCAGUGUGUGUGUGCUUGGUUAGGGCUGAAGUACUAUGGGUGUGCUCACCUAUUAACUUGAUGGUGUCUGACUGAGGUUGGUUGUGUUGUUUCCAUUGUGAACCUCAGAGUCCCUCCUCUUGGGUAUUUAAAGAACAGCCCUAAAAACAUGCCAGGUUUGUAACUCACCCCAGAGAGUCUGUCUAGAGUGAACGUUCUGUGCAGAGUUUGAAACGCAGCAGGAGAAAUGUCUGGGGGAAAACAAACUAUUUCGCUUGAUCAACACAUUUCCCUCUGAAGUUACAUUGCUGCAAUGGGUCCCAGGCUGGGAGGUGGGGCCCGAUGAGCUUCCUCUGUUCAAUAACCUGAACUAGGCAGGAGGGGGUAGGCAUGCAAGGUAGCCUGUUUCCUCUGGUUUUUUCCUACCCCCCCCCCCCAGAUGUUCUGGUUUAACUUGGAUUUAAACUUGGAGAGUGGUCAGUUUAGAUGAGCUAUUACCAGUAGGAGAGUGAGUUUGUGUGUGUAUGGGGGUGGGGGGGAUGUGAGAAAAUCUGGAUUUAUGCAGGAAAUAGCCCGACUUGAUUAUGUAAAGAGUUGUCACUUUGGAUGGGCUAGCACCAGCAGGAGAGUGAAUUUGUGUGGGGGGGUGGAGGGUGAGAAAACCUGGAUUUGUGCUGGAAAUGGCCCACCUGAUGAUCACUUUAGAUAAGCUAUUACCAGCAGGACAGUGGGGUGGGAGGAGGUAUUGUUUCAUAUUCUCUGUGUAUAUAUAAAGUCUGCUGCAGUUUCCACGGUAUGCAUCUGAUGAAGUGAACUGUAGCUCACGAAAGCUCAUGCUCAAAUAAAUUGGUUAGUCUCUAAGGUGGCACAAGUACUCCUUUUCCUUUUUCUGCUAGUCCAUCUCCAUUAUGCUGAUGCAUUGUAUUGAGGCAUCACUAUCAGGAACCUUACCCCAGCUGCAGAUGGUCUCCUCUUACAGUGGUCAGCAGCAAGCAAGGGCUUAGUGAAAAGAGAUGUACAAAUACAAUAGCCAGAGGGUGCAGGGUGGCAAUUUGGCUGGGUUGGCAAUUUGCUGUAAUUACAAUAAGUAUUAUUAAUAAUAAUAUCCAGCUCAUAUAUAGCUCUUCUCAGCCAUAGAUCUCAAAGCACUUUAUGGAGGAGGUUGGUAUCAUUAUCCCCAAGUCACUGGUGGGGAAACUGAGCCACAGAGAGGGGAAGAGACUUGCCCAAGAUCACCCAGCAGGUAAGUGACAGAGCCACAAAUGGGAUCCAGGUCUUCUGAGUCCCAGUCCAGUGCCCUAUCAGCUUGGCUGCACUGCCUCCAAGAGGGAUACUCAAAGGUAGGUGAGAGGGGCAGUAUCAGAGCUGUGGGGAUCCCAGACCUGGGGUACAAAUGGUCAGGAAUACGGUGCAGUAAUAGAGCUGUACAGGAUUUGCUAGUAUGUGCUGCAUACUUUUGCUAUGGGAAAGGUCUAUCCAAUUGACUAGGGAGCUACAGAUAUUUAAAGAGUCUUCUGAAGACAUGAUGCUUAGUUCUGUUGGGUUUUUUUGAGCAUUCUAUCUGUUCUGUGGACCAUCCGACAGAACUGAAUAGAGAAUCAUCACCAGAGAAUCAUCGCGUAGGGCAGUUGAAGAAAGCUAUAGAAAUGUUGCUGUUAUCUAUAAAGCUCAUGACAGUUAUUAGCUCCCUGCUUUCACUAUCUCAGGGGAAGUACAUCAGGAUUUGUAGUUUAUCUCUCAGCCUUUAGUCCCCUAAUAAGAUCCCAUCUCUCUUACUAGGUUCAUGUCUCACACAGACAUACAGAGGACGAGAACUUUGCCUGUGUCCUGUCCUCAGGCGCCAUCUAGUAGCAACAAGCAGGAAUACAGCUUGCUUACCCCACAGAUGGCUGGGGUGUCCAUUUCAGGAGCAGGCUCCCAGGCCAUAGAGGGGGUUGUCUUUCACCUCAUUCACCCAACGAAAAUCAUCCAUGGAGGAGACUGGUCUGGAUGGGGGGUGCUAUGCUUUCACACUUGGCUGCCUCCACCCCAUGAAGCCAGGGGCCCUGUUCACUCCUCUAGGGCAGAAGGGCAGCAGCUCCCCUGGGGACAGCAAUGCUGCUAGGAGCCAGUGUGGCUGCUAUGUGUCAGCCUGGCUGUAGGCAGUGCCCGUUCCCCAACCCACAGCCAGAUGUGCGCCAGCUUGUCCUCCAGCCCCUCCCACUCAAACCUUGGGUGACACCAGGCCACUGGGCUGCUGCCGGAGCUCAUUAACAAUUGACAUUAACACAGAGAAAGGAGCUGGAACAACAAGGACCCCACCUUGCUUUCUGCUGUGCUGCCCAUUUGCUCUCCCUGGCCUAGUUACGUCACACGUUUGGCCACCUCAGCCCAGAAUCCAACAGCUGGCAAGUGACAGAUCUCGGGGAACACUAUUCCCCAGGGGCUGCCCACUUACUGCUCCAACCCUAGUUUGCCCUUUGCAAUCAAUGCUUCGGCUGCACGGGUGGAGACUGCGGGAGCUAUCUGCAUUAGCUUUCAUGAACACCCUAUGUGCCUCAGUUUACCUGCUUGGCAUUAGCCUGCCCCUCUGUCUGGGAAACAGUCAAAGGAGGCUCUUAGGGGUAAACAAGCAGGAAAUGAAGCAAUAGUUGGGAUAAGCCACCUGGGGUAAACAGCUUCAAGGGAGUUAAGAUGACACUGGUUGGGGUUAUUAUGUGGGAGGAUGCUGUUCUCCAGGCACCAGGCAGAGGGGGUGCUAGGGCUGAAAGCCUAGAGGUGUAAAAGACCAGGAACAGCUAUAAAGCCCGUCCCCUGGUUUGGGGAGGUGGGUCAUCAUCAGCUGCCUGCAUGGGGGACACAACCAGUGACACCCUGAGUAAGGGAGCACUCGCAGCAGGCAGGCUGUUCCAGCUGGAGAUGAAGGUAAGUAGGUGAGAGGACCUUGCCAAAGGCUGCAAGGGAAGACGGUGUAAGUGAGAGGGAAGAUGUGGCUAGGCCUGUAUCAUGUGAUCCCUUGGCUCAGACUGGCAUGGCCCUUUGGGUGAAUGAUUAAUAUGUAAGUCUGAAGCCCUUGUUUUGAGUCACUUUAUUCAGCUGAUGCCUCAGGCUUCUGGAGGCAAAGGGUUUACAGGGGCCCAGCCCAGCUGGGCCAGCUACAUUAAUACGAUUGGGAGGCAGGGGGCUGCAGCCCAGAAACCCAGUCGAGGGAGCAGACCAAGACCAUGGGGAUUCCACCCAGAGAGGGGCGAAGGUAGCGAAAUCUGUCUCCAGCAGGGUGUACGCACGAAGGACUGAAAGACAGAGGUUUCAUGUAGCUCACCCUGUACGUGGGCCAGCACUUCUUACCAGCUGCCCUUCUUUGAGGAGAUACCCACUUCACGAUGAGUGACACAGCAGGAAGAUCUCAAGCACUGCCCGAGCGUAUGGAGCCCUGGAUAGUCC